UCUCUGCUGCAACACCUCACCAAAAUAGAGAAUCAUGAUAUCAUCAAGGAUGGCUGCAGCUUCUUCUUCUGCUGCUGCUGCUGGCACGGGGGUCAAGUCCAGUUGUCUCUCCUCUUCUUCACGGCAGUCCUCUCCUUCAUUCCUUGACUUGGGCUCUCUCAGGCCCAGAGAUAAGCCCAACAGCAUCGCCUGUUCUCUCCACACCCCCUCCAUUCUCCAUCUCCCCAAAACAAAAGCUCCCUCCCAGCCCCCCAUGUCCUCUCCCGUCGCCAGUCCCCCGAAGCACAGCUCCACCCCCGAUUCAUCGUCUUCCUCGCCUCAAGAUUGGAACUUUCUACAGAGAGCUGCUUCCAUCGCAUUGGACGCUGUAGAGUCCGCCUUGGUCUCGCACGAGCGCACCCACCCGCUUCCCAAAACCGCCGACCCCAGAGUCCAGAUUUCGGGCAACUUCGCUCCGGUGCCCGAGCAGCCGGUCGCCCGCUCCCUGCCGGUGAUUGGCAAGAUCCCGGAAUGCAUCCAGGGCGUGUACGUCCGGAACGGCGCCAACCCGCUCCACGAGCCGGUCGCUGGCCACCACUUCUUCGACGGCGACGGCAUGAUCCACGCCGUCCGCUUCUCCGGCGGCUCCGUGAGCUACGCCUGCCGGUUCACGGAGACGCACCGCCUAGUCCAGGAGCGGGGCCUCGGCCGCCCCAUCUUCCCCAAGGCCAUCGGCGAGCUCCACGGCCACUCCGGCAUCGCGCGGCUCAUGCUCUUCUACGCCCGCAGCCUCUUCGGCCUCGUCGACCACCGGAAUGGCAUGGGCGUCGCGAACGCCGGCCUCGCCUACUUCGACGGCCACCUCCUCGCGAUGUCCGAGGACGACCUCCCCUACCACGUGCGCGUCACGCGCACCGGCGACCUCGAGACCGUCGGCCGCUACGACUUCACCGGCCAGCUCGACUCUCCGAUGAUCGCCCACCCGAAGAUCGACCCAGCUUCCGGCGAGAUGUUCGCCCUCAGCUACGACGUCGUCCGGAAGCCUUACCUCAAGUACUUUCGAUUCUCCAAGGACGGCGAGAAGUCCCCCGACGUCGAGAUCCCCCUCGCUGAGCCGACCAUGAUGCAUGAUUUCGCCAUCACCGAGCGCUUUGUCGUGAUUCCGGAUCAGCAGGUGGUGUUCAAGCUGCCGGAAAUGAUCCGCGGCGGCUCCCCGGUGAUCUACGACAAGGACAAGGUCUCGCGGUUCGGAGUACUCGAGAAGAAUGCAAAGGACGCAUCCGGAAUCAAGUGGAUCGAAGUGCCCGAUUGCUUCUGCUUCCAUCUCUGGAACGCUUGGGAAGAGACGGAGACCGACGAGAUCGUCGUGAUAGGCUCGUGCAUGACUCCGCCGGACUCCAUUUUUAACGAGUCCGAAGAGAGCCUGCAGAGCGUGUUAUCCGAAAUUAGGCUGAACGUCAAGACAGGCAAGUCUACAAGGCGCCGCAUCAUCGCUGAGUCAGAGCAAAUCAAUCUGGAGGCCGGGAUGGUGAACCGGAACCAGCUAGGGAGGAGGACCAAGCACGCCUACUUGGCGCUGGCCGAGCCGUGGCCUAAGGUUUCCGGGUUCGCAAAGGUCGACCUGUCGACAGGCGAGGUGAGGAAGUACAUGUAUGGAGAGGAAAGAUACGGUGGGGAGCCGAUGUACGUGCCGAGAGGUCAGGAAUCGGAGAGGGAAGAUGAUGGGUAUGUGCUGGCCUUUGUACACGAUGAGAAGGAGUGGAGAUCGGAGCUGCAGAUUGUGAAUGCGGUGACUCUGGAAUUGGAGGCCACCAUCAAGCUUCCAUCAAGAGUCCCUUAUGGUUUCCAUGGCACCUUCAUUAGUUCCAAGGACUUGGAGAGGCAGGCUUAGGGAUAGUGGGGUUGCCUCCGUAUAGAGGUUGAAGUAGUUACAGUAAAUAGUUUCCAAGCGUUCAGGAGCGGUUGACCAAAAGGAGGAGAUUUACCAGAGGGAUGUCUGCAGAUAAGUCCCCGGAAUUUCCUCUUUUUUACAAUAUCAGACUAAGAGUAACAUCACUUUUUGUGGGUGUUGUUCAGGUUUCAAAUUUUUUUUUUCUUCGCUUUGUGUUGUAAAGUAGGAGGUUUUGAGGGACCAGCUUGUAGCUUUUGGAUGUAGCUAGGACUUUGGAGCUCAGCUGGUUUCUUCUUAUUCUCUUACUUCUUGAUGCGUAUAAAAUAAGAAAGUCAUGUGAUUGUUACCAUAUUAAGUAAAAA